AUGGUGUCUGUCAUGCUGGAUGACGCAAGUGCUGCAAAAUUAAAAACUAUCCCUCUGUCCAAUGACACUGUCGCCAGACGUAUAAAUGACAUUGCUAACGAUCUUCAAGUUCCGCUGGUAGAAAAACUGAAAGACAAACGUUUUGCCUUACAAUUUGAUGAAGCAACUGACAGCAACAAAGACUGUUUGUUUAUUGCAUAUGUGCAUUUUGAUAUGACAAACUCUCUGUGUGAGGAUCUACUUUUUUGUAAGUAUGUCAGAGACAGAGCCACGGCUGAAGAGCUAUUCAAAAUGCUGGACUGCUUUCUGACUGAGAAUGGGCUAAAGUGGGAGAACUGCAUUGGUGUUUGCAGUGAUGGUGCACAGACCAUGGCAGGGGUGAGAAAAGGACUUUGGGCACUCAUCAAGAAGGCCUCACCUAAUGCUGAGUGGACAGACUGUGUUUUACACAGAGAAGCACUGGCAUCAAGGCACCUUUCCUCUGAAUUAAGUGAGGUUAUGACUGACAUUUUAGGUGUAGUCAAUUUUAUAAAGACCAGACCACUAAAAACAAGAGUCUUCUCUGCUAUCUGUGAGGAGAUGGGAGCUGAACAUGAAGCUGUGCUCUUUCACAGUGAAGCAAGAUGGCUGUCGCGAGGAAAAGUCUUCUCCCGAGUUUUUGAGCUCAGAGAGCAGAUAAAAAUGUUUUUGGAGCAGGAGCAGAAGUAUGAAACCGCAGCAAAAUUUAGUGAUGAGAACUUCCUGGUGAGACUGGCCUACCUGAGUGACAUAUUUGGAAAGCUAAAUGAACUAAAUCUGCAGCUUCAAGGGAAAGAUAAACACCUCCCUCAGGUCACAGACAAGAUCAGCUCUUUCACUCGAAAGCUAGCAAUGUGGGGCAGACGACUCGAAGAAGGAAAUACUGAUUCAUUCGAGAACCUGCAUGAGUUUGUUAACACCACUGACUGUGAUGCCACCUCAGUGAUUCCAUGUAUCCAGCAGCAUAUCUCAUCACUGAUGGGAUUCUUUAAAAAGUACUUCCCUGAAAACAGUUCCCAGUAUGACUGGGUGAGAGAUCCUUUCAAUGCAUCAGCUCCAACUGGUUUCAGCUCUGCAGAGGAGGACUAG